AGGCAGGUAUUUGUCAAUUUGGUCAUGGCGGAAUCAUCAAAUUACGCUGGAAGGACAAAUCAGACAGUCAUUGCUUCUUCAUCAUCAGGUGGAAAUAUUUCGAUCUCUUUCAAUAGUGAUAAUGUCAAAAUGGCCGGGGGUGUAGUUAUUAAUAUCAACGGAGCCAAACUAUUGGAUAUCUACCGCGGCGAUAAGUCGGUUGCACAACUUUUGGACAGGGUUGUUUUGAAAGUACUUGGUGGCGCAAGAUACGACCAAGCGAUUCAGAAUAUUAACCCUGAGUAUCUUCAUAUACUAGUGCAAUGUCAUACAGACGAAAGAUUUAUCAAAGUAUUGGCUGAUUAUGACUCUGGAAGACUUAAAAAUCGUUUGCAAGAAGAAUUCUUAAAGAUCGGUAUUGACGUACAACAACUGAAGAUCAUUAUCGAAAACUUGGAAGAAGUUAAAGUACAAAGAGCCAGAAUAUUGAGCAGGUAUUGAAAAAUCAUUUGAUAUAAAAUAAAAGAUCGUGUCAUAAUGAAGCGAAACUACAUUGUGUAUUUAUAUGUAAUUCAUUUGCCGUAUACAGUAUAGUUAUAUGAAAUUCCUAUUCUGUACAGACUUGACUGCAUAUUCAGACAAAAGAUUUAGAUUAUAGGGAACUAUAAUGGCAUACACCCUUUUCAUAAAUGGCUGCCGAUUAAAAGUUCUUUUAUGUGCAUAUAAAUUGGCCCAACUAGCCUCGUUUCUGGGUAGAAAUUCCUUUGAAAUCUUAACAUGAGUACGAGGCUAGUUGGCCACUUUAUAUGCACAUAAAAUAAUUUUUAAUCGGCAGCCAUUUAUGAAAAGGGUGUAUUGUUUGAGCGCUUCUGGCCAAUGCUUUGCAAAUGUAUAUAGGUUUUUUAAAUCAUUCCCGAUAUUGUAUGAUGCAUGCAUGCAUGCAUGCAUGCAUGCAUGCAUGCAUGCACGGGUUUAGGCGUAUAUUUAGCACAAAAUAAUUGUCUAUUCAUUUUUAAUUGUCUCCAUCUUCAUUAUUUUAACCCAGAUCGAAUCCAAUCAAGAAUCCUUGCGAGACUAUGAAAAAUCUUGUUAUAAAUGAUGGAAAGAGUGAUAGAAAUAAAAAUAUAACUGCA